CUACCAUGUUGCCUGUCCGCCGUUUAGCGCAGAGGUCCACAACGACCCGCUGCGUUCUAAUCUCAUGUCGGGGUAUGCGCACGAAAGGCAGGGUGCGACCCAUGUCCUGGGAAGAAGAAAAAGACCAAGACCACCUCAUCGAAGGCCUGGAGGAGAUCCUCAAGGGAGCCAAGCGAAAACUGGCUGAAGAGGAGAAAGCCCGGACUGUCCCUCAGUUCGUACAAGAACAGAUGAGACCAGGCGCCGCCAAACCCGCGGCCGCCAAGCUCGGGCCCAAACCCCAAACACCUGUUACUUCAGCUUUCAACGACUCGUUAUGGGACGAGAUGAUCAGCAAGGCGGAACAAGCCAGGCUCGCUCCGUUCAAGAUCACGUCGCUGGACGCACUCAAAGCGGCGUACGACGAAGCCGAUAUAGACAUGAACCGACCACCGUAUCCGUCGGUCGACCGACUGAAGCCGCGCCUUAAAGUCGCGUACGAGAUAUACCACUCCAUCCCGCGCAAAAUCGCCAUGAAACGGCUCCACUCGCGCUAACAGUAGCUGAAUCCCUUGCCGGAAAUAGCGUUGUGCCCUCGCAGCCCUCCGCGCGCGCAACCUCAAUUGAGAACGGCGCGGCGAUGCGAGAAUCCUCUAAUCCCUCUGCUCUCCAGCUCCUGUGACUGCGAUUCUUCGAGUGUAUCAUUGGUGCUGUAGUGGCUACGCGGGGGGGACUACUCGGUGCAAGAGGAUAACAGCUGGGAUAGGUGUUCUAACAGGAUAUAUGAGAAAUGAAACGUGUCUUGA